AUGGCACGUGGUGUUUUUCUCACAGAGAAAGUGGUGGAGAGGUUGACAGCGGCCAUCUUGGACCUGGUGGAGCUGUACUGCAGCACGUUCAACGCCAACUUCCACCCGACGGCGCCGAGCCGCAGCAGUACGGCACCGGUGCAGGAGGCAGGCCUCGUCACCAACGUGCUCUCCUUUAACAUUUAUGCUGCGCACCGCAUCCCCAUCACCUGGGCCGCCAGUUACGAGGGUUUCUUCCUGUCCUGCUCUCUGACUCAUGGAGGGGCGGAGCUCUGCGCGCCGCAGCACACCAGCAAACAGUCAGUCAGCAAAUACCUGUUCCACCUGGUGGUGUGGGACCAAAGGGUGUGUUUCCCAGUGCAGAUCAACCAGCUGCCCAGAGAGUCCCAGCUGACGGUGACGCUGUAUGCCAGCUGUCUGCCGCCGCCGGGCGGCGCAGAGGACAAGGGGAAGCAGCGGCGCAGCGUGGAGGCUCUGGGCUGGGUCACCAUGCCGCUCUUCAACUUCAGACAGUGAGUCACGUGACUUCCUCCCUGUGACAUCACCGCUGUUUGUGAUGUCACAGGGUUUUAAAUCCAGUAUCGUGCUGUGUUCACGUGAUGUCACGACU